CUCGUGGACUCCAGACAUGAGCCUAAUUCUGUGCCGAGAGGUUGAUUAUGUUAAUCCUUUCAAAUACAAAGAGCGUACCAAAGAAAGGGGAAAGGCAUGGGAAGACAUUGCUACUAAUCUUAGGAGACAUGGAUAUGAUGUCACAAAGAGAUCAGUGCGGGACAAAUACAAAACAAUAAAAGAGACAGUGACUAAGCGAAAUAGCAAGGAACUUAAAGAAAGUGGUAUUGCACCAGAACUCACUGACGAGCAAAUGGAGGUCACACAGAUUAUUGAGGAUUUAGUUGAGGUGGAAAAGGACACCAAAGAACAUCAUACAGAGGAGGAUAAGAAACAGGUGGAUGGUGUUGAAAUGAGGAAUAGAGCUUUAGAGUCGUUUACAGAGACAAGCAAGAGGAUUAAAUCAGAGAAAGAUGGACAACCAAGGAAGAGAAGGAACACUGGAAAUGAGGCGACAGAUUUUUUGAUGAGGAAAUUAGAGUUGGACCAGCAAAUGAAAGAACGUGAGUUCCAAAUGCAGAGGGAAGAAGUAGAGCGAAGACAGCAAGAUGAAGACCGAAGAAGGGAAAGAGAAGAAAGAGAGGAGGAAAGGAGACAGCAGAGAGAAGAGAGGGAAGAGGAAAGGAGGAGGCACGAUGAAGAAAGAAGGAGGGAGAAGGAAGAGAGAGAAGUGGAGAGGAGGAGAAGAGAUGAAGCAGAGAGAGAAAGGAAAAUGGAACUGUUCCAGCAACAAUUACUACAACAAAAUCAGUUAAUUAUGAUGAUGUUGAAGAAGGAAAAGGAGUAACUUGAAAGAAAUACUGAUACAAAAGUUAGUGUUGUCAUUCUUUUGUAACAUAUUGAAGCAAACAUUCAGAAACAUUUCUUUUUGAUUUUGCACGUUUUUGCCCCCUGAAAGUUCAACCACAAGGUUAUUUUUUCAUGUACCAUACUUUUGGCUUUGUAAGGAGGUUGCCUUCAUAUAUGUCAAAGAAAUAUUUGGCAGUACUCUAUAAUGUGUUCUCAUUUUUGUUGUUCAUUUUAGAGAAUCAAGAGGAACUGUUAGUAUUACAUAAAUAUUUUACAGUUAUUUAGUAGUUGUAUAAAUUCACU